AUGCCUAGUUCAUCAUCCGUUGCUAUCACUGAUGAUGCUACUAAAAGGGACGAGGCAAGAUCUCUUGAGAAGAUAACCGAUUACAUAGAGGAAAUACAAGGGAGAAAGAGUGUUGACACCAAAGUAAUUGAGCAGAAGUUGAAGGAAUUGAAGGCUAGGAAGGUAGCAGCUAAUAAAGCUAAAGCAGAUAGGUAUGAUUAA